AUGAGGGUAUUACAACUAUCAAACACUUAUUUUAGUAGGGAAUUACCUACAACCUUGAAGAACUGCACAAAUUUGAUAGUAAUUGAUGUUGGAGGGAAUAAAUUGUCGGGUUUGAUUCCGCCGUGGAUUGGAAACAGUUUGCAAAAGCUUACCAUUCUUAGCUUGCGAUCCAAUCACUUCUCUGGGAGCAUUCCAUCGAAUCUGUCAAGCAACAGGUUGAUUGGAGAAAUUCCAAGAGAAAUCACCCAACUUAUUGGUUUGGUUUCUCUAAACUUAUCAAGAAACAGUCUAUGUAGACAAAUCCCUUCAGAGAUUGGUCACCUGACAUCUUUAGAAGCUCUUGAUUUAUCAUGGAACCAUCUUGUUGGUGAAAUUCGUGCAUACAUGGGGAAUGCUGAGCUCUGUGGAGACCCGCUUCCGAAGAAAUGUCUAGAUGAAGAACAUGAAAGCAUUGUUUCUGGAGCUCAUGAAGAAGUUGAUGAGGUUUUAACCAGGGGAUUUUACAUCAGUAUGGCACUUGGUUUCAUACUUGCAUUUUGGGGAGUCUGUGGUGCACUGAUCCUCAACAAAUCUAUCAGAUACGCAUAUUUCAAGCUCUUAAGCGAUGUAGGAGAUUGGGUUUGUGUAAAGGCAACAAUACACAAGGCCAGCCUACUGGGAAUGAUCAAAAGCUAG